AUGACUAGACUAGAAAAGAGCUCCUGGGCAGACGAGCUGGCCUUGGUCCUAUGGUCGUAUAGGACCACGCCGCAAUCUUUUACAGGAGAAACGCCGUUUUGGCUUACCUAUGGGGUCGACGCGGUAAUCUCAGUGGAAAUCAGGGAACCAAGCCCGAGGCUGCUCCUCGGGGGCGUUGAAGAAGCGGUGGAGAAAGAUCUGAUUGAUGAAACCUGGGAGAUGGCCCAUCUGACAGAAACUGCGUUAAAGCAAAUGGUAGCUUUAAGGUACAACGCCAAGGUGCUAAAAAGGAGUUUUGAGCCAGACGACCUGGUGCUAUGGAGAAACGACAUCGAACUACCGGCCCUUGGGGAAGGCAAGUUAGUGGCCAACUGA